CGCAGCUGCUGGGGUUGCCUGGGAAGAAGGAACCCCGCGGGGUUCCCCGUAUUUCCAGGGCGGCGGCGGCGGCAGUCCUGGCUCUCGGCCCCCUCCCUUCCCCGGUGGCAGCGCAUUGUGACCCGCGCUGAGUUCACCUGCCUUGCAGCGGGCGGGCUUUGGCUGCAGGAAAAGACUCCCCCCUCCCCGCCCAGAAACCCGGAGCAAGGCGCCUCCUUCACUCCCGCGCCCCCUCCCCGCCCGCCUGCGUGUAGCCCGCUGCUUCAUCUUUUGUCUGCCUCUCUUCUCUCCGUGUCGGGCUGGGUGGGAGGUCGCCUUUCCUCCAGCUCCUUUAGCAUCGCCCUCUCGCUCUUGGGAUGGUUUCCCGGACCUGGUGGCGGCCAGCUAAUGAUGUCCAGCUAGGGCCUCUACUCUCUAACUACUAUGUCUUCAGCAGCAGCAUUUCUGUCUCAAACAAUCUGAAGAGGCCCAAAGGUUUUGUGGUCUGAAGAACAGAAGGUCAGAUUGAUAGAUGCUGGGAUGUCAGUUUGCAAAGUGGAUGGCAGUGGUGGUGGCGUGGCUGUUCUGCGGAGGUCCCAGGCCAGGGAAGGGGUGGCCCAGCGAGAAGAAGAGCAAGAAGAAGAUGGAGACGAAGAUCUCCGAGAUGGAGGAGUCCCUUUCUUUGUGAACCGUGGAGGGCUUCCCAUCAAUGAGGCCACCUGGGAAAGAAUGUGGAAGCAUGUGGCCAAGAUCCACCCUGAGGGAGAAUUAGUAGCUCUGAGGAUCCGGGGAGCCACUGAUCUACCCAAGAUUCCCAUACCAAGUGUGCCUACGCUACAGCCAUCCACUCUCAUCCCUGAGCGCCUGGAAGCUAUACAGCGCUAUAUCAGGGAGCUUCAGUACAAUCACACCGGGACACAGUUCUUUGAAAUCAAGAAGAGCAGGCCUUUGACUGGGCUGAUGGAUCUGGCCAAAGAAAUGACAAAGGAAGCCCUGCCAAUCAAGUGUUUGGAGGCUGUGAUCCUAGGAAUUUACCUCACCAACAACAUGCCAACACUGGACCGCUUCCCCAUCAGUUUCAAAACCUACUUCUCAGGGAACUACUUCCACCAUAUUGUGCUGGGAGUGAACGUUGGGGGCCGCUAUGGAGCACUUGGCAUAAGUCGACGCGAGGAUCUCAUGUACAAAGCUCCCACUUUCCGCACAUUGAGUGAGCUUAUCUUUGACUAUGAGGAGGCGUAUCGGUGCUGCUGGCAUACCCUCAAAAAGGUGAAGCUUGGCCAGUGUGUGUCCCAUGAUCCACACAGUGUGGAGCAAAUUGAAUGGAAGCAUUCCAUCUUAGACGUGGAGAAGCUGAGCCGUGAAGACUUCCGCAAGGAGCUUGAAAAACAUUCCCGUGACAUGAGACUAAAGAUCAGCAAAGGAACUGGGCCACCAUCACCCACCAAGGAUAGGAAAAAGGAUGUAUCAUCCCCACAGCGUAGCCAAUCCAGUCCACAUCGUCGUAACAGCCGGACAGAAAGGCGACCAUCUGGAGAGAAGAAACCUACAGAGCCCAAAGCCAUGCCCGAUCUUAAUGGUUACCAAAUCAGAGUAUAAAGAUCUUCCCAUUUGUGAACCAUUUGGUGGAGAGCAUUUGGACCAACGUUACCUAUGAGAUGUGCAGUGUGGGAGGGGACUCAGAGGGUACGAAAUGCAUAUUUUCCAAGGUAUUUCUUUACUCUGGGUUGUAUCCUGUGGAAUAGAGGAUAUCCAUUUCUCUGAAUUAUAUCAGGAACUGUUUCUAAAUGCACCAACUAAACAAAAGAAAUUAAAUAGCAGAUCUUCCACCAAUUAUUCAGUGUUCUACAUAUUGGCAAGGAAAGAUACAUUUUGCAAAGUAACAGUAAAAGCCCUUUCCAUGCUGUUUCUCAGCCCACACAGAACUGGAAUGCUUUUGACUUCAAAAAGCCCCAUGAUAGGCUACAUGUCUCCUCUCUGCUUUUGAAGGAAUCAAAUUAGGAGGUCUCAGGAGAGAGACGGGGGCUAGAAGCAAAAAAUACUGACUCCUAUGGAAGAAUUUCUUAAUUUGUAUUUUCUGAGAAUUUUAAUAUUUUUAAUAACUUGGGGAGUGGGGGAAAGCAUACCAGAUUGUUGCAUAUGCUCUAAAAUCACCAAUGUGAUCCUUGUGUUUUUGUUUCAAAUAAUGGAUUGCCUGGAAUGAAAACCCACAUCAUGCAACUCCCGCUGCAAACUGGCCGGUUGGAUCUUCAAGACAUACAUUUUGUAAAUAGGAGGCAGUUUAGGAACUGCCUGUGUUUUGGAGCAUGGAUGUCAGAUGAAUGUGAUAGCUUAAUUGGCUUGUCAUGACAGUACUCCAUUGUGAUGGAUUCUAGAGAUUAAUUGGAGACUAGGUUUCCAUUUUCCUCACUUUCUGGUGCUAUUCUAGAAUUGAUUGUUGUUAGAGUAUUAGAACCUUUCAGAUGGCAGCAGAACAGCCCCAAUCUGACACUCUCCAUAUGUGUGGGAAUUGCAGUCUCACCAUUUGGAGGGUGUCUUGUUGAGAGCAGGCUGCUGGGUAAGCAUAUCUCCCAUUUCUUGGAAAAGAGUGUCCUACUCUUUUAUAGUAACAUGACCCUUGCUCUUUCUCCCUGUCAAGAUGUGAAUUCAUUCUUGCUGUAUGAAAUAGCAUACUGAGGAUUCCUAGAGUGUGUCAAGUAACUUCUUGUAGCAGUGUAUUUAGAUAUUAACACAGGGGGAUCAGAUCCUGGAAUACGUCUUUCUGUGCUCUCUUUUCUUAUUCUUUUUUUCCUCCCUUCUUGACUUGUGCAAAGUGGGUAGAAACCCAGACUUUUUCUGUGGAACAAGUAUUUUGUUGCCUUUUCUUAAUCCUAUAUUUUGAUGGUGAAUUUGCACUACUUUACUGGUGCAUCUUUUUCUUUUGGAUGUUUUGUUAAUUAAGUAUGGCUGCUAAUAUUGGCAGGAGCCAAACUUAGUUACUUUAUGAACCUGCUCCACAGUUCAGUCCAAAUCCCUUUGUCACUGAACUGGAAGAUGGGAGAAAGGUUGGUAGGGCUUUAGAUGCAUGAAUGGAACACUCUGUAGUGGUCAUUGUCAAAAAGUUGUAUGGGCACCCAAAAAGCAGAAUAAACUGGACAUUUAAUAUUUAUUAAGUUCUGUGAAAAAGAAUGUGAUGGGCCUCUUAGACAACAGUUACAGUGGU